AUGGAUUGGGAGGAAGAUGGCACGAUGCGGGUCUUCCACGGACGCAUCUCGCGGGAAGAAGCUGAAACCCGUUUAAUGGAAGCGGCUCGUGCUGGAGGAAGGAGUGGAGAGGGGCUCUAUCUGGUGAGGGAGAACCCCAGGAACAACUACAGCCUCAUCUUGUCCUUCACCGAGCUCAAGCCCACACGAAGGCAGUGGACGAAGCCGGCGGUGGAGGAUGAAGAGCAGCAGCACAAGGAAGGGGGAGCCUCGAAGACGGAGCUCGCCGUGACGCACUGGCAGGUGAACGUCAACCGCUACUCUAAGGUCGAAGGCUUCUUCUUAAUCAACAAGCCCAAUCGCGUGUGCCUCACCCUCAACGACCUGCUUGUCGAUGUCGCCUCCGUCCAAGCACGAACUCCCGCGCUCCGCCCCGAGGGAGGUCGUGUGGAGAGUGCGUGGUGGGAAGAGUUGAUGCUGUGGCGCACGGAGGACUACAACCAGGACUCUCUCCUCUACGCUCUGCCUGACGACCUCCUGGUCAACAUCUUUGCCUUCAUCGACCGUCCCUCUCUGAUUACCUUGCACCUGGUGUGCAAGCACUUCUACGCCUUGGCCCGAGACGGCCUCCUCUGGCGCAAUCUCUACCGGAUGCACUUUGGUCGGAGAGUGCAGCUCGCUUCUAGCGACAUCGAUUGGAAGCUCAAAUAUUACUUCGACCACGUUCUGUUGACGGUUGAGAGCGAGCCACGCGUUGUUGGGUUGAACGUGCCCUGGAAAAAUCAAGCCCAGGCCACCUUCUGUUCCCCUUCUCGAUCGUACCACAUCGAAUACAGCACGGAGGAGCCAAACGUGUUUCACUUCAUCACGGAUCCUGAGACCCUGUCCUCCCGUUCAGCGCGUUGCACAAUCCGAGAGAAUGGAGGAGUGGCCAUUUAUCGCGUCAAGAGUGGAUACAAAGCUGGUUACUCGCUGGAAAGGGAUCCGGCGUCGUUGGGCAGCAUCUACCCCUCGCUCCAGAAGCUCACCACCUUCAUCCGCACCCGCGUGUGUCGCGUCGACCCCUUCCCGCUGGCCUUCACCUUCCAUCCCAAUGAUGAUGACGAUGAUGGCCACGACCACUUCAACACGUGA